GAAGCAUAGGCUCAGCGAGUUAGAAGAAGAAUAACCAACGAAUCAAUAAAGAAUUCAAAGAUGAGUUCCUUUCCUUCUUCCUCCUAUUGGAUCUUUUAAUUGGAGUCGGUUUUGGGAGCAUGGGAAGGCUAAGAUGGCAGGGGAAUUGGAUUCCAAAGCGCUGCUUGUGAGAGAUAUUUGCGCCAUAUCAUCUGUAUUCACUUCUUGCACUCAUCGUCGCCGAUCACCCCGGAAGCCGGCCUUCAUUGAUUGGUACCUCAUUCUUGGAGUUGAUGAAGAUUCAGAGGUGGAUGCAAUCCGGAGGCGAUACCGCCAACUGGCAUUACAGCUUCAUCCGGACAAGAACAAGCACCCCAAGGCUGAAAUUGCAUUCAAACUUGUCUCAGAGGCAUAUGCAUGCCUCUCAGACAAAAUUAGAAGAAGACACUUCAACUCUGAUAGAAGGGACAGCUACUGCAAGGAAUGCCACCAGAAGUCAGGCAUUAAUGGCACGGAGGAACGGAAUGGUCACGACGAUCGAAGAAGAAUGAAGUCAAAGAGGAUCCUACAGGCCCUGAAGGAAGUCCAGAACAGAUUCAAACAGGAAUGCAGAGUGAUUGAGAGCUGCUUACGAGCCAAUGCAGCUUUCCAAAGAGAUUUUCCCCUCUUCGAUCCUUCUGACUACCUGCUAUUCCCAGAAUAUCCACACCACAGGGAUCAGGUAAUCAAAAAUCCACAGGAUACUCGGUAUAACCACGCCAGCGAAAUUCAGAACAACAACAGAAGAGGAGGUAGAUGCGAGUCACCUGUCUACCAGGCAAGACCAGAAAAUAGACCAAACAGAACGAAGAAUUCCAGUUUCAGAUAUUGAAUUGUCACUGUAUUUUUUUUUUUUUCCAUUGCUAUUCAAUGCAGCACUGCUCCAUUUCAACAA